AUGAAUCGGCAACGGAGGAAAGACUUUCUUCUCCCCCUCGGCGGAGAGCAGUCAUUCGAGCCGCCAGUGCCUCCGCAGUCCUUGAUGGUCGGCAAUGUGCCGUCGCAAGAGUCUCCGGAGCAGGUUGCCCUGGCCGCCCACCGCGAUGCACGACAGCUGGUUCGUCUGGUGCAAUGUCCGCAGUGCUCGCGGCCCCUUAGCGCUCCGGCGACGCUGCCAUGCGGUCACACAGUCUGCCGCCGCUGCUUGCCCCAUCCUCGGCCUCGCGCCAACAUAUCCUAUCCGAACACGCCCGACCGCCUCUUCGGCCUUGCCUGUCCCCUUCCGCAAUGCGGUGCAGAGCAUGCAGCCGCAGAGUGCAAUGUGGACGUGACCUUGUCCAAGCUGGUGGAGCUGAUCAAGGCCGAGAUGACCAAGCACAACCCUUCGACGCAUGCCACUCCCACGCAGCUGGAAGAAAUUCUACAAUGCGACGACAGCAUGGCCAUGGAAGAGAAGGAGAAGAUGCGGGACAUUAGUAACCAGAGGGUUCUGCAUGGCGGUCGACUGGUGUCCACGUUCACAAUGGCAGAGAUAGGCGAGCUCCAGUAUGGCUCCGACCUCGUAUACCACACCCUGUCAAGCACGGGCGACGACUACCAACAACUGGACAAUGCACUACUCGACCGCCUCCGAGAAGUGGCGCACAAGGAGCUAGAUUGCCUGGUAUGCUACACUUUGAUGAUGGACCCGACCACGACAUCCUGCGGCCACACAUUCUGUCGCCGCUGUCUUGCCCGGGUUAUGGAUCACAGCAGUAUAUGUCCUGUGUGCCGUCGGGAUCUGCACAUCCCAGCCUCGUUGCAGAACAAGUGCAGCAAUGCCCUGCUGAACUCUUUGCUCAACGGGCUCUGUCCUGACCUUGUUGCCGCACGCGCGGCGGCCGCGGAGGCAGAGGAGCAGCCCGGUGAUGACACUCUCACCACGCCAUUAUUCGUAUGCACCUUGGCCCUACCCACGAUGCCAACCUUCCUCCACGUAUUCGAGCCCCGAUAUCGCUUGAUGAUGCGGCGUUGCGUUGAGGGUAACAGGCAGUUUGGUAUGGUGAUGUACAACAGGACCUCGGCUCCGCAAGGUGACCUCGGUCCCACGCAGUUUCUUGAAUACGGUACGCUCCUCGAAAUUGUCAAUUUCGAGCUGUUGCGCGACGGUCGUAGCUUCGUAGAAACGCGAGGCGUCGGUCGAUUCAGGAUCUGCGCUCAUGGCAUGCUGGAUGGGUAUCAUGUCGGUCGCAUCGAGCGCGUAGAGGAUCUCUCGCUCGCUGAAGAGGGAGAGCUGGAACAACGUGAGACCACCAGCGCACAAGAACUGGCGGAUCAGUUCCAGCGCGAAAACCCAGAUGCCGCGCUUCCCGCUGAUAUUGCGCUGAAUCUACACUCUACGCAAAAUCUUCUUGACAGUUGCAUGGAGUUCAUCAGGCAGAUGAGGCAAGCGAGCGCCCCAUGGCUCAGUGCGCGAAUUGUCAGCGUCUACGGUGAACCGCCAGAAGAUCCUGCGUUGUUCCCCUAUUGGUUCGCAUCCGUUUUACCGAUUACCGAAGAAGAGAAGUACGUGCUUUUAAGGACAAACCGGGUCCGCGAGCGCUUGAAGAUCGUGUACUCGUGGAUUGGGAGGAUACGAGGCCAGAGAUGGCCUUCCGGAAACGCAUGCAGCAUCCUGUGA